AUGGCCGCCGCUUCAUUCAACCCCGAACGCGCCCGGGCCCCACCCGCCAUUCCCAUGCCCUCUCCCCCUCUCUCCAAGGCAAGUUCUCUCUCUCUGAACAUCGCCCACGCCCGCACGGCCAUUCAGGACGCUGCAUCGAGGGGCGCUCAGCUUGUUCUUUUGCCUGAAAUUUGGAACAGUCCUUAUUCGAAUGAUAGUUUCCCUGUCUACGCUGAAGAUAUUGACGCCGGUGCCGAUGCUUCUCCUUCCACCGCCAUGCUGUCUGAACUCUCUCGUCUCUUGAAAAUCACCAUCGUCGGUGGUUCCAUACCAGAACGUUCUGGAGGUCGCUUGUACAACACUUGUUGCGUUUUUGGCACUGAUGGAAAACUACUUGCCAAGCACCGCAAGAUACAUCUUUUUGAUAUUGACAUCCCUGGGAAGAUUACCUUUAUUGAAUCAAAAACUCUUACUGCUGGGGAGACUCCAACGAUUGUUGACACAGAGGUUGGACGCAUUGGCAUAGGCAUCUGUUAUGACAUUCGGUUUCCGGAACUAGCGAUGAUAUAUGGUGCUAGAGGUGCCCACUUACUCUGCUAUCCUGGGGCAUUUAACAUGACAACUGGACCAUUACAUUGGGAGUUAUUGCAGAGGGCAAGAGCUACAGAUAAUCAGUUAUACGUGGCUACCUGUUCACCUGCCCGGGAUACUGGAUCUGGUUAUGUGGCUUGGGGUCACUCCACUCUAGUUGGACCGUUUGGAGAAGUUCUGGCUACUACAGAACAUGAGGAGGCAAUCAUCAUUGCAGAAAUUGAUUAUUCAAUAUUGGAGCAGAGAAGUUUAGUGACUAAAUUUUUGAUUGCUACCAAAGUGGCGCCCAGGGGAAGGAGGGUGGAGACGCACGCGCGUGAUGAGAUGAGAGCUUCAUAA